GCUGGAUGAGGCUCGCCCGUGUCUGCAUCUGCAUCUCCGCGGAGCUUCUUUUUCUUCUGCUCAUCAUGGAAUAACCGAGUCUCCAUUAUGGCUUUUCUGCAGCUCUUUGUGGGAUUAUUGUGCGGGGCAGCAGUGUCUGCGUUCGGAGUGGAUCCGGCUGUUCGGAUCGGAGUGUUUCAGGAGUUCAGUCCUGGACAAGGGUUUUUGGGGGUCACACAGGUCAAAGGUUUCCGUGAUGACACCAGAGCCUUCCUGUUUCAAGGCUCGUCCCGCAGUGUGAGAGUCCCUGACGCCGCCGCAGGACACAUGCUGCAGAAACUCAGAGGAAAGACAGAGUUCAGCAUCGCCCUCACACUCAAACAGGACAAACUCAACUCUGGAGUCAUUCUGUCCAUCCAUCAUGGAGAACACAGGCUGCUGGAGCUGGAGAGCAGUGGGCAAAAGAGCGAGGUGCGUCUCCAUUUCCGGACGGGUCUCCAGCAGACACACACUGAGAUUUUCCCCUUCACACUGGCAGACGAGCAGUGGCACAGAGUCUCCGUCUCCAUCAGCGCAGCGCACCUCACACUCUAUGUGGACUGCAACAGGAUCUACGAGCGAGUGGUACCUGUUCCUCUGAUGGAGAUCCCAGAAGACAGCUCGUUCUGGGUCGGGCAGAGAAACAGCGCUCACGGCUUAUUCAAGGGAAUCAUGCAGGACCUUCAGAUCCUCGUAAUGCCGCAGGGAUUCAUCACUCAGUGUCCUGAUCUGAACCGCACCUGUCCGACAUGCAAUGAUUUCCAUGGACUGGUGCAGAAGAUCAUGGAGCUGCAGGAUAUUCUGGCCAAGACCUCCAGCAAGAAUGGAACGGUCCGCUGUGAGAAGAUUCUGUGUCCCCCGCUGGACUGUCCUGAUGGUACGACCCCUGCAUAUGUGACAGGAACCUGCUGUAAAGAGUGUCAGCCGAUGUGCUUGUUCUCGGAGCAGACGCUGGUGGAGGGACAGCGCUGUGCCGUUCAUCAUCCCUCUGGACUCUGCCAGCUCUUCCAGUGCAGGGACCGCACUAUGCACCGUGUGCCGGGCGCUGAGGACUGUCCUGCGCUCUCCUGUGCUGAAUCGGAUCAGAUCACACUGACAGACAGAUGCUGUAGAGUCUGCAGAGGUCAUGACUUCUGUGCGGAGGAGAACAUCUGCUCAGAGAACUCCGACUGUGUGAAUCUGGAUGCUGGAGCCAGCUGCGGCUGCAAGAACGGCUUCAGACCGCUGCGUCUCGACAGCGCAUACUGCGAAGAUAUUGACGAGUGUGCGGAGGGAAGACACUACUGUCGAGAAAACACAGAGUGUGUGAACACAGCCGGCUCCUUUAUGUGUGUGUGUCACACCGGCUUCAUCCGCAUUGAUGACUACUCCUGCACAGAGCAUGACGAGUGUGCGUCCGGACAGCACGACUGUGAUGAAAACGCUCUGUGCUUCAACACUGUCGGCGGCCACAGCUGCUCCUGCAAACCCGGAUACAGCGGCAACGGCACCGUCUGCAGAGCGCUAUGUGAUGGCCGCUGUCUGAACGGUGGCUCCUGCGCAUCCCCAAACGUGUGUGUGUGUCCCCAGGGCUUCAGCGGGCAGAACUGCGAGACAGGUAAGAUCGAUGAGUGCCGGACGGGCCGCAGCACCUGUGCGAACGACACCGUGUGUUUCAAUCUGGACGGCGGGUUCGACUGCCGCUGCCCUCACGGACACAACUGCAGCGGAGACUGCAUACACAACAGCAGAGUCCGACACAACGCUCAGAUCUGGGUGCUGGACACUGACCACUGCUCCGUCUGCUCCUGCCAGGAGGGUCAGGUGAAGUGCAGACGGAUGGUGUGUGACUGUGAGAACCCGACGGUGGAUGUGUUGUGCUGUCCUGAGUGUGACCCGCGCCUCACCUCUCAGUGUCUGCAUCAGAACGGCCUGCUCACCUACAGCAGCGGAGACACCUGGAUCGACAGCUGCCAGCGCUGCCAGUGUCUGCAAGGUGAGGUGGACUGCUGGCCUCUGUCCUGCCCGCCGGUGGACUGUGACUUCACGCUGGUGCCCGAGGGCGAGUGCUGCCCGCGCUGCGUCUCGGACCCGUGCCAGGCUCACGCUGUCCGCAGCGACAUCAGCAAAACCUGCAUAGACGAACACGGCAUCACACGCUUCAGCGGCUCAGCGUGGGUCAAACACGGCACACACUGCACACUGUGCCAGUGCAAGAAUGGACACGUGUGUUGCUCAGUGGACCCCAUGUGUCUUUAGUGUCUGCCGAGCACCUGUACAGCGUCACACACACACACACACACUCGUCCACAUCCCUCAAUAAUGCCAAAAAACACACACACACACCGCCGGCAUGAACACACUGGAUGUUGAAGAAAACACAUUUUUAUCCAUCGCAGGAUGUAGAAACUUUAGCUCGUAAGUAAAUCUAAUCGUAUUUCUCUUUGGCCGGGAAGUCGACGGCGUUUCCUGUUUCCACGGCAACUGUUUAUUUUCAGUUUCUUUGAGAUUAGCUGUCUGUUUUUUCUGUCUAGAUUUUCAAUUAUUCAAUGGCUUGUUCUUGUCUUAUGGUGAAUAAAAUCUCUCCAUUUCCAUUUA